UCAAAGUCAAACGAAUGACUUGGGCUGGAUUCAUUAUGUCCUCUGGAGGUGGUUCUAUUUCGGGAGGAGCCAAGGUGGGAGUGGCGAUGGGAGGAUCUGUGGGACAUUUGGCUUUCCGUUGCUGGGUUGGUUGGUUCUCUAGCUUGGAUGUUGGAUGUUGAGACUUUGUUUAUUUACAAAAUAAAUGAAAAAGCUCAGGGUGACGAAAGCCAAGAAAACGAGUCACAAGUGCACCACAGAUUGAAAAGGUCAAUGACGAAGAGUCGAUUUUGUACAACACAAUGUACCAACUAACACAUGCAUAGCAAAAAUUCUACAAAUCCAACCAAAGUUGGCUCAGUGAUUCCAAGUAUUAUUAUCGGUUCCUCUGAAGCAAUCCGAUCGAAGCAUAUACUUUGUGCUGUCAAAUAUCUGUAUGGAAAACCAGAAAGCUUAACGGCAGGCCUAAAAAACUCGUUUGGCUAUGAUACCCAAGAGGGCAUCUUGGGCCUAGAAAAGCGGGCUGAGAGAUGAGUGGAGGGGGGCUCCAUUGCUCGUCAGCUUCGAGUCGAGGUAUGUCGUCUUCCUCCAUUCAAGAAAAACGAAUUCUCUGUGUGGGAUUGGUCUGUUUAGACGUGGUUCAUGUGGUCAAAUCGUACCCGGUGGAGGAUUCGGAUCAACGAUCCGUGGACCAAUAUGCCUCGCGCGGAGGCAAUGCCUCCAAUAGUGCCACUGUCUUGGCCAUACUAGGCCAGAAUAGUGAAUAUUUCGGUACUCUGGCCCAAGAUUCGUUCGAGUUGCAAGCCAUCGAACAGGACUUUCGGGACAAGGGCAUUGCCUACAGCAACUGCAUCCGAAUUCCCAAUUGUAUAUGCCCGAAUUCCGCUAUCAUAGUUAAUCAGGAGAACGCUUCCCGAACCAUAAUUCACACUAAUCUGAAUCUACCAGAGCUGACGUUAAGCGAUUUUCAGACUUUGAACCUGAAGGAGUAUUCGUGGAUUCAUUUCGAAGGCAGAAACCUGAUCAAUGUGAAGGAAAUGAUCCGAUAUACCAAAAUCCACUUUCCGGGGCUGACCGUCUCUGUGGAGGUGGAAAAAAUCGGACGCAACUAUGAAGAAUUCGUCCCUUUGGCAGAUGUGGUUUUAAUGUCGAAAGAUAUUGCCAAAGCUAAUGGCGCUUCUAGAAAAGAGGAUGUGGCCGCUGUUUUCAGAGGGCGUUUGGGUGUGGGUGCGAAAUUGAUUUGCGCUUGGGGCGAGUUAGGCGGCAUGGCUUUGGAUGCGGAUGGGAGCAUUUCUGAUUGUCCUGCAUUUCCACCUCCAGAGGGGGUGAUUGAUACCAUUGGCGCUGGUGACACAUUCAAUGGGGCCAUGAUUGCCAGUUUAAACCUUGGCAAGUCUUUGGACAAGGCUCUUAUUACUGCAUGCAAAGUAGCCGGAGCUAAAGUAGGCGUAAGAGGAUUCCAAGGUCUUCAAGAAGUAUUUAAACAUGCCGAUUAGCAUUUCAUAUUACGUUUUUUUUUAUGACUUUUCCGGGAUGCUGAACUGAUUAAUCGUAAAGCAAUGGAUUGCUUGUAAUGAUUAUAUUUUGUGUCAUUGUUACAUAUAGAGCACUUGUUUUUUUGAGUAUCGUCUUCUAAAUCCUAACCUCGGAGCGCCACGAAAUUCUCAUGCUGACGUUGAUGUUGCUGAAAUUGUCGACUCCUGUGCUGAGCUCCUGGUUCAUCCCUUCCUGGUGUUCCCUCUCCUUGAGCUCGUGUCGAGAUGGAGCUUUUGGCGUUGGCUUUAUGACGAAUGAGCUGCUCUGUGAAAUAUUGCUCAAGAAUGCUCACCAGUUGAUGAUUCUGCAAGAAAAUCCUGCAUAAUUACAGACCCAUUUUCUCUAGUUUCUUUGGCACUAAUGUGACAAAAAUAAAGAUAACCGAUUUCGUAA